GUCCCGGCUGCAGCUUGGCCGCACGCCUGAACACACACAACAGCAGCAGCAGCAACAGAGCACGGAGGCAGAGGCAACACCGAGACACGAGUUGUUCUGGGCGGCGGCGGCGGCGGCCGGGGACGGACGACGUACGAUGGGGAAGGGCCGGGCACCGUGCUGCGCCAAGGUGGGGCUGAACAAGGGGUCGUGGACGCCGGAGGAGGACAUGAGGCUCGUCGCCUACAUUCAGAAGUACGGCCACGCCAACUGGCGCGCCCUGCCCAAGCAAGCAGGUUUGCUCCGGUGCGGGAAGAGCUGCCGACUCCGGUGGAUCAACUACCUCCGGCCGGACCUCAAGCGCGGCAACUUCACCGCCGAGGAGGAGGAGACCAUCAUCAAGCUUCACGGCCUUCUCGGCAACAAGUGGUCGAAGAUCGCGUCGUGCCUGCCGGGGAGGACGGACAACGAGAUCAAGAACGUCUGGAACACGCACCUCAAGAAGCGGGUGUCGCCGGAGCAGAAGAAGGGUGGGGGCAAGAGCAAGAAGAAGACGACCUGCACCGACGUGCUCGUCCCGUCCCCAUCGCCGUCGUCGUCCACCACCACCACGACCAACUGCUCCAGCGGCGACUCAGCCGGCGAGCAGAGCAACACGAGCAAGGAGGAGGAGGAGGAGACGGACAAGAUCGAGAUCCCCAUGCUCGAGCUCGACCCCUGCUGCUUCGACUUCGACAUGCUGGUUGACCCCGUUGUCCCGGACACGUACUGCCCCGCGGUGUCGGCGUCGGCGUCGGCGUCGGCGCCGACGUCGCCGUGCUCGUCCACGUCCCCGUCGUGCGCCCGUGCAGGCGUGGACCCGCUGCUCGACCUGCCCGAAAUCGUGGACCUCGGGCCGGAGCUAUGGAGCAUCAUGGACGGCGGCGCCGGCGACGGGUGCACCGAAGCGCCGCCGCCGGCGUGGAGCAAUGCGGCGGCGGCGGCGGCGGCCAAUGCAACAGUGGCCACCACGACCAGCCUGGAGGAGGAGGAGGGGAAGGAGUGGUGGUUGGAGGACUUGGAGAAGGAGCUCGGGCUGUGGGGGCCCACGGACGACUACCACUGCCACCCGGGCCCACAAGGUCAGCCCGGUCGCGCGGGCCCACCACCCUCCGCCGUUGUGGAGGACCCAGUGUCGUGCUACUUCCAAGCGGGCCCCACGGCAGCCGCCACGUGGCAGGGACACGAGCCCUCGGCUGUCAUCACGAGUAACCCCAUGGAUUACUACGUGUAAGCUCGUCGUUAAUUACCCAUUUUUAUCUCUAGAUUAGGAGAUAUACGAUUACCCAACUCGACCGAAUCGUCCAGUGAUGCUACAUACUUCUAGUACAAUACACGCGUAUAAUUGUACGACCGUAUAAAGGAGUACUAUACCAAUCCAAUACGAAGACGGCAUCGAUGGGAACAACACAUGCAAAGAUGCAUAUAUGCUUUUGGGCAGUAAAAAAGGUGAUAGUUAGGCUAGGAUGCACAAAAAAGGUGUUAAUUUUUUUUUUGGGAUGUCUAUAUAUGUUGGGCAGAUUAAGUGGUGCAUGCAAUCACAAAUGAGUCAAGAUUGCCGGUACGAGUUAACCAGAGAUGUAACUUAUGUACUUUUAACAUCAGUUUCCAGCAGAUGUUGGUAUUGAAUCAACGACCAAGUACCGAAGGACUGAUGUUUACCGGUGUAUGUAUGCAUGAUCUCAUGGCUCUGAGAAACACAACAAUUAAUGAGAGUUUCAGAGUCCA